UUGGUUACCACAUGGCUUUUAUCCAAGUCGAGGCGCUUGAGAGUGGACCGCUUGGAGAGUGGGAGCGCAGUCGCAGGUUCUCCAUCGCCUGGUGCAAAGAGCCACCGUCACCGCGCACCGUCUGGGAUCUUCCUUUAUAUAGACGAGAGACUUCACAAAACCACUUCACUCAACGCGGAUCCAGAUUGUUCUCCCCCCUUUUUUUCCUCUCCUUUUGCCCCCGCUCUCCUGGUUGUUUUCUCCUUUUUUUUCAUGCCACCCCCCUGAUCAGGCUUAAACCAUCCCUGUGUUUUUUUUUUCCUUUGUAAAGGCGAUUGUUAGUGCGCAUCAUCGCGGGAGCCAAAAGGAGGUUUGCCACUGUUCAUUAAGAGACUGCGGGCUGCUGGAGCGUCAUGACAGCUGAGAAGAGCGGGCCCGUUAUAAACGGUAAACCAGAGGAAGGCAGAGACCCGGAAGGGUCCAGCUCCAGCCUAGACAACGGGGAGUACAAUGAGAGGGGCCACUGGAACAACAAGAUCGAGUUUGUCCUGUCUGUGGCUGGAGAGAUCAUCGGGCUGGGCAACGUCUGGAGGUUUCCUUACCUCUGCUACAAGAAUGGAGGAGGUGCGUUCUUCGUCCCGUAUGUCAUCUUCUUCAUUUGCUGCGGCAUCCCUGUGUUUUUCCUGGAGACUGCCCUGGGUCAGUUCACCAGCGAGGGAGGCAUCACCUGCUGGAGGAAAGUGUGCCCGCUGUUUGAGGGUAUCGGCUAUGCGACGCAGGUGAUUGAAGCUCAUCUAAACGUGUACUAUGUAGUGAUCCUUGCCUGGGCCAUCUUCUACCUCUUCAACUGCUUCACCACGGAGCUGCCGUGGGCUGGCUGUGGGCACUACUGGAAUACAGAGAACUGCGUCGACUUCUACGGAGAAAAUGCCACCAACAUCACAAACCCCAACGCAACCUCUCCAGUGAUCGAGUUCUGGGAACGCAGAGUGCUGAAGAUAUCAGAUGGUAUCGAGCACAUGGGGGGAAUGCGCUGGGAGCUGGCCAUGUGUCUCGCCCUGGCCUGGUUCAUCUGCUACUUCUGCAUCUGGAAGGGACCCAAGUCCACUGGCAAGGUUGUGUACGUCACGGCUACGUUCCCUUAUGUCAUGCUGUUGGUCCUGCUGAUCAGAGGAGUGACACUGCCGGGAGCAUACGAUGGCAUCAAGUUCUACCUCUACCCGGAUAUUUCUCGUCUCUCUGACCCUCAGGUAUGGGUGGAUGCAGGAACCCAGAUCUUCUUCUCUUACGCCAUCUGCUUGGGCUGUCUCACUGCUCUGGGAAGUUACAACGCCUACGACAACAACUGCUACAGGGACUGCAUCAUGCUCUGUUGUCUGAACAGCGGCACCAGCUUCGUAGCAGGUUUUGCUAUCUUCUCCGUGCUGGGUUUCAUGGCCUAUGAACAGAAUGUUCCCAUUGAGGCUGUGGCAGAAUCUGGUCCUGGUCUUGCAUUUAUUGCGUACCCCAAGGCUGUAACCAUGAUGCCUCUGUCUCCACUGUGGGCCUGCCUCUUCUUUAUGAUGCUCAUCUUCCUCGGCCUGGACAGUCAGUUUGUGUGUGUGGAGAGUUUGGUGACAGCCGUGGUGGACAUGUACCCAGAGACCUUCAGGAGAGGCUACCGCAGAGAGCUGCUGAUUCUGGGCAUGUCUAUUGUCUCGUUUUUCAUAGGACUCAUCAUGUGUACAGAGGGGGGGAUGUACGUCUUCCAGCUGUUCGACUCGUACGCCGCCAGCGGGAUGUGUUUGCUGUUCGUGGCCAUAUUUGAGUCCAUAUGUAUCGGCUGGGUGUACGGUAGCGACAGAUUCUACCUAAACAUCGAGGACAUGAUUGGCUACAAACCUGUCUUCUUCAUCAAGUGGUGCUGGAUGAUCCUGACCCCGGGCAUCUGUGCUGGAAUAUUCCUGUUCUUCCUGAUUAAAUACAAACCGCUGAAGUACAACAACGUGUACACCUACCCCGACUGGGGCUACGGUAUCGGCUGGUUCAUGGCCAUGUCCUCGAUGGUCUGCAUCCCUCUGGGGAUGAUCUGGAUGAUCUGGAAGACUCCUGGCACCUUCUCUGAGAGAAUGAAGAAGCUGACGACUCCCAGUAAGGACCUGAAGAUGAGAGGGAAACACGCCGCCCUGAGUCCUUAUGCCGCCAACGAUGCCAAACUUAAGGUUGAUGGGAAAAUAUCCACCAUCUCAGAGAAGGAGACGCAUUUCUAACAGACCGGCCGCCCGCCCGCCCGACCCACCGGCUGACAGACCGACCAAGCUGCCUGCAAAUCUUCACGGGAAGCCCAACAAAUACAGCAAACAACAACAACGACAACAUCAUCCACCGCUACAAACAGGAGAUGAAAGAAUGACUCGGAGUGUUAUUUUUUGUUUUGUAAAAAAAAAAGGAAAAAAAAAAGGAAAAGCUAUCACAUGAUUAUGUAGUUCUGUUUCUGUUUUGCACAAACUUUGAUAACACACUUGUUGUUUUCAGUUAACGUUGUGACUAAAGCAGCUGUUUUUCUUUUCUUUUCUAACCAUUAACAUUUAAAAAAAAAUCUAUUUGAUGACGUACGAUAUGUGGUUAAAAACUUGUCCUGGUACCCUGUCAAGUACUGGUCACACUAGUGUCUGGGCCUUUAGAGCAAUACCAGUGUGUUGUGUCGUGAAAAGGCUUACACUGUACAUUUAUUGGCAAAGUGUUGUGCCUCUCUAUUAGGUACUAGGUACCCAAAUGUGACUAUCUUAAGAUGUAGCAGCUUCGGGGACCAUUCUACAUAGUUUUGUCUGUUGCGAGAGGAUGUGUGUUAGCACUGAGGCUAUAGGAGGGCAGACCCUGAAAUACUCCCGCGAGUAAAAACUAUGUAUAUAAAGAGUUUGGAUGAUAUCUGACGCAGCUGCGACUGUGACGGCUGUGAAGCUGUUUUUUUUUGUUAGGCCUUCAGUGAUUCUUGUUUACUUGAAUUCUGUGUUGUCCCUUAGCAACAGAUGCAAAAACCCAGCCUACUGGAUGGAACUGAAUGGUAUUACAAGGUUAUUGAUCGUCUGGUUUAGUUGUGUAUCGAGGGCUUUGUUGAUGUCCGUGGCACCGCUUUUUUCUAAAUAGGCAUCUCUUCUCGGCAGGUUUCCAUCGCUAGGUUUCAGCUACAAAUGGCUACAAAAAGCAGUAAGUGACUCGCUGGCUGAGUCUAAAAACACACACCUCUCUCUCUCUCUUUCCUGCAGCUGCCCUCCUAUAAGUCGUGGGUAUCUGUCAUUUCACAGUAAUUAUGCUGAGCCUAACACAGAGUGACACACAGACGUGCCUCCACCCCUGCAUUUUUAUUUCCUGCUCUGGCUGCAGAGGGGAAGAUGGACGUCCGUCAGAUGAGCAUUUCAAAACCCAUCUGUCUUCUUAUCCCCCGUUUUUUUCACUCUUUCCCUCUUGGCCCCCUUCUCUCUUUUCUUCCGCUGUCCUCCCUCCUCAUCUUCAACCUCUUGCUUGUCCGCUUCUGUCAAUUUCCCUUUUUUUCCCACUUCUGUCUUUCUCCUCGUCAUGCGGAGGGCUUGAGCAAUGACACGGUGGGCCUCGCAUGAAACCGUGAUGCUGCUGAAUGCUUUGCGUUUCGCCGCAGACCCAUGCAUCCUGCUGUUAUAGUCCUGCUAUUGAUUAGUGUUUCUGUGACCUGUUCCUCUGACAUUGUAGAGCAUCAAACCUUUCUUUUUUAUUUUGCCGCCUGAGCCAGUGCAGAGGUGAGAGCACAGUCUGUGCCUGUCACCCAUUUAAUUGUGGCGAGAGUCAAUGAGCUGGUCCUCAUUGUUCAGAUCAAUCUCAGUCCAUUACAGCCUCGAAUCCAAUCGGUUCUCCUACCUCCCUUCCUCGCUCUGUCCACCUUUCUCACUUCCCCUAUCCUUUCUUCCCUCUGUCCUUGUUUCCUGACGAAAAACGCAAUCAGAGGAAUGCUUCUGAGGGGGAUGAAAACUCGAGUUUCUCUCUUUACGGUGUUUCAGGAGGAGGCAAAGAAAGCGAGGGAAGAAGUAAGGAGUUGAUGAGCUGAGGAAGUGUGCGAUCGAGUAAGUAAUGAGGGAAAUCGAGGAAGUGAUUAGUGACUGAAGCCCCUCCUGUCUAAGCUGUGACAUCCUCUUAAACAUGUGAUUGGUCCCUCUGGUGUGGUUGCAUUAUGAUAUUAUCACCUUCCUCACUGAUGUUUGUGCAAAGCUAAUAGUCGUGUGUAUCUGAAAAAUUAUAGCCUGCUGUUUAACACUGAACAUGUCGAUGUAUAUUUUUACAUCUCUUUCUAGAAAACCUGUGGUCUAUUUCUUGAGAGGAACGAUUGUUUUAAAAAGAAUUGCUGUAUUAAAAAAAGAAAACGUCCUUUGUUUUGACUUUUGAUAUGCCGCUCAAAAGAUCUUGUUAUAGAAAUAUAAUGAAAGGUGUUUUACUGUUCUGUACUGUUCUACACACAUUUUGGUAUCCACAGGACACGUGAACUGUCUGCUUACUCAUUUUUAAGAAUAAAUAUUAUAAAGGAAAAUGGA